UCGAGCUUCCAGGACCCUGCAUUCACUCCAACUCCGAGUUGCUGGCCGGUUGUGUGGCUCGAGGACACCGAUGCACCAGGAAUCUACUCAAGCUUCGGAGAUGUUUCUGUUUGUGAUCAGCUUUGCCACUUUAGUGUGCACCGCCGCUGCACGGCCUUCACUCAACUAUCUGGAGAAUUUCACCGCCGAGAACGAGUCAGAGGAAGUCCGUUCAGCUGCCAUCAAGAGACUUUUGGAAGUUUUUGGGAUGGAGGACCCGCCUGCUAUCCAUGGACACAAGCAGCCACCACAGUACAUGCUUGAUCUGUACAACACGGUUGCUGAUGUGGACGGUGUGACCAAGGACCCGUAUCUUCUGGAGGGGAAUACUGUGCGCAGCUUCUUUGACAAAUUGCGCAGUGAACAGGUGGAGUUCAGAUUCAACUUGUCCACGGUUGCCAGAACUGAGAAGAUUCUCACUGCCGAGCUCCAUCUUUUCAAGCUGAGACCUCAGGCAACACUGACAUUCCACAGACAUCAUUUCUGCCAGGUUAGUGUUUAUCAGCUGCUUGACACCAGCAAAACCAACAACACACAGGAGAAGAAGUUGCUGUCUUCUCGGCUAAUCCCAGUCCACUCCACUGGUUGGGAAGUGUUCACCAUUACACAAGCAGUCCGCUCCUGGAUGGUAGAUGAAGGCAGCAACCUGGGGCUCCAUGUGGUGGUUCGGACCCUGGGAGGAAGCCAGAUGGAUAUGAAACUGAUCCGCUUUGCUUCAGGACGCAACCACCACCAGAGCAAACAGCCCAUGUUGGUCCUCUUCACUGACGAUGGCCGUCGCUCUACUACUCUUGAAAGCACAGACCCAAACGAUACCACAGCCACAUCCAGCCUGCCACAGACCCCCAUGUUAGGUCCAUCCUCCCGCAGCGCCCGCUCUCUGGACUACAGCGAGGAAGAAGGUAUGUCUUUGCCCUGCCAGCGUCAGCCCCUCUACGUCGACUUCGAGGAGAUCGGCUGGUCGGGCUGGAUUGUGUCUCCCCGGGGCUACAACGCUUACCACUGCAAAGGCUCCUGCCCCUUCCCUCUGGGUCAGAACAUGAGGCCGACCAACCAUGCCACCGUCCAGUCCAUCAUCAACGCCCUGAAGCUGAUCAAAGGCAUUGAGAUGCCGUGCUGCGUGCCCGACAAGCUCUUCUCCAUCAACUUGCUCUACUUCGAUGAUGAUGAGAAUGUGGUGCUGAAACAGUAUAAUGACAUGGUGGCUGGAAGCUGUGGCUGCCACUGACAUCAACUAGUCACUAGUGUUGGGCUGCACAGAUAUUCAUAAAAAAUACAAUAUAAAUCAGGGUUUUGGUAUAUAGAUAGCCAGCUGCCCUUUAAAACACAAUUGCAACUAAUGAGUAAUGUGCAGAGUCCUAUAUGUGGCAUUGUAAAAUAUGUAAAUAUCCAUAAAUUAUAAUAUAUAGCAGUGAUAGAAGUGAUAUCCUGUGACAGAUGUAAAUGUGUAUAUUUUAUGUUUUCUGUUGUGAAUUAUUACAUAGAAUAAAUGGUGCAAACAAAAGAUUACAGAG